UGUGCAACAUUGACUGUUCUCAAACCAACUUCAAUCCCCUCUGUGCUUCUGAUGGGAAAUCUUAUGAUAAUGCAUGUCAAAUCAAAGAAGCAUCAUGUCAGAAACAGGAGAAAAUUGAAGUCAUGUCAUUGGGUCGAUGUCAAGAUAACACAACUACAACUAUUAAAUCUGAAGAUGGGCAUUACGCAAGAACAGAUUAUGCAGAGAAUGCUAACAAAUUAGAAGAAAGUGCCAGAGAACACCACAUACCUUGCCCAGAACACUACAACGGCUUCUGCAUGCAUGGGAAGUGUGAGCAUUCUAUCAAUAUGCAGGAGCCAUCCUGCAGGUGUGAUGCUGGUUAUACUGGACAACACUGUGAAAAAAAGGAUUACAGUGUACUGUAUGUUGUUCCUGGCCCUGUCAGAUUUCAGUACGUCUUAAUCGCAGCUGUGAUUGGAACGAUUCAGAUUGCCGUCAUCUGUGUGGUAGUUCUUUGCAUCACAAGGAAAUGCCCCAGAAGCAACAGAAUUCACAGACAGAAGCAAAAUACAGGGCACUACAGUUCAGACAACACAACAAGAGCGUCCACGAGGUUAAUCUAAAGGGAGCAUGUUGCACAGUGGCUGGACUACCGAAAGCUUGGACUACACAAUACAGUAUUAUAGACAAAAGAAUAAGACAAGAGAUCUACACAUGUUGCCUUGCAUUUGUGGUAAUCUACACCAAUGAAAACAUGUACUACAGCUAUAUUUGAUUAUGUAUGGAUAUAUUUGAAAUAGUAUACAUUGUCUUGAUGUUUUUUCUGUAAUGUAAAUAAACUAUUUAUAUCACACAAUAUAGUUUUUUCUUUCCCAUGUAUUUGUUAUAUAUAAUAAAUACUCAGUGAUGAGAAAAAAUUGGCAUUCUUAAAUUUGCAGUAUCUCAUAACUGUAAAUAUAAUCAAGCUAGUACCUCUGUACAGGUAUCAGUAUUUUAUCUUUCUCCACAUCUUGAGACAAAGCAUUAGUUUAUACAGGACUCAGUGGCUAGGUUUUGAGUGAUUCCAAGAUCAAGGAAAAUGAUGGUUAUUGGAAAAGAGAAAAAAUACUUUAUAUCGAGUGAGGAUAAAAUAUUUCAGAUAUUUGAAUCAUCUCUGUCUCAUCAACUUUCUUCCCUGGUCUUCCAUUUUCAUCCCCAGAGCAGAAAAAUCUCUGGCAAAUAAAUUAAAGAAGAAGGGGAGGAAAAGUGUUUUAUAACUCAUAAAGGAGAGAGAAAAAAGAUAUUGGUUUUUAUUUGGGAAAUACCUUAGACUCUUCCAGUUAAGUGCAUAUAUAUGAAAGGUCCUGAACAAGCUACAUAUUAGGAAUGCACAGAACACAAAAUCUAUUCCAUUUAGGUGCAUGGAAUUAACAACUAGGGAAAAUUUUUAAUAACAUCAUUAAAUGGGUAACACCAAAUCAUGAAUUCUCAGAAGCACCUUGCUAUAUUUAUAGUAUAUGGUUCUUUAAAAAUAAGUUAGAAUCACAACCAAAUACCUCAUGAAUAACUUUAUGGCUAAUGCAGCAGCAUUAUUUGAAAUGGAACUAAGAUGAUAAUAUUUCAUAAAAACAGAUAAAUGUGAUAAGAAUGAAAAUUAAUCCCAUAGCAUAUGAAAGACCUUAGUGGGAAAUCGAUAUAGAUUUUUGAGCAUAUAAAUAGGCAUGACCAUUUUGGAAAAAGUAAACUGUAAAAAUUCUCAAGGAAUAAGAUGAAAAUAACAAAUCAAAUAAUUGCCUUAUUAUUAUUUAGAUUUUCACAGCUUUCUGUGGCUAACACAGUAAUCUAAAGAAAGCUUUCUUUGUCUCCUUCAAA